CAGCAGCAGGCCACUGUGACUGCACAUGCAAAGCGGAGAUAGGGAAGCGGUUUAGAAACUAGUAAAACAGCGUAACGGUCUAUGCCCGCGCUCUGCUGCUAUCACACAUGAUGUAGGGCGGCCUCUUUCUUCUCUCUCUACUCUCUUACUGCCGCUACUCACUCUGGGCGCGAAAGUCCCCCUCCCUGCAGCCCCGCCCCGGUCCGUCUAGCGGCCAAUCAGCGGGGCCGGCGGGAUCUUCCUUCCGGGCUGCACUGAGGACACAGACCAGCGGCGGCUGCGUGUGUACAAUAUCUGAAGUCUGCAUUCAAUGUACCUACCUAUAGAAGAAUGGCCGACAAACCAGUCACUGAGCUAAACCUUGACACUUGGCUGAAUAAAACUAUACAGUGGGGUGACACAACCUCAUUGCAGUCCAAACAAGAUGUCUGCCUUCAUUUUCCUAAAUUACAGGAGUGCCUGAUGCAGAUUUAUGAAACUGUAAAACAUAUGGGGCCAUACACAGCAAUUGAAAAAUUCCCUACUAUUGGUCAGCUGCUGGGACGCUUAUGCUGGAACAGCUUUGUUAUUGGGCAUGAGGACACGCGGAAGAUGCUGUUGUGUUGCCUAUGCUGCUUGUACAGCAAUGAACCACAAAAUGAUGUAGAAAAAAAAGCCAAUAGCUGGAUAAAGAACCUUGUCUGUCAUCUAUUUUCCUCAUGUGGGCAAGGAAGAGUGGAAAACACAGAAAUGAUUGCCCAGCUUGGAUGUACAACUGCUGACUAUUAUGACAAACUUUUGAAAAAUAUCAUUUCAUCACUGAUUAUGCAUCUUAGAAGUCAACCAGAUGCAAUUGCUACUGAAUUGUCAUCUGAGCAGAUCCGCUCAGUAUGUGUGAUAUGUAUUCCCAUCCUGACUUUGCCUGAAAUCGCACCUUUGCUGGAAGCAUUACUUCUCUAUCAUGGGCCUGGGUCAAGUGAGGUUCUUGAUGAGCACUUUCUAGAAAGUUUGAAUGAUGCAAUUCAGAGGAAGAAGAUUGUGCUAAGUGAAUCAGCAGUAUUAAGCCUGUGGCUUCGUCAUUUGCCAAGCCUCGAAAAAGCUGUGCUGGAUCUAUUUCAAACAUUAAUUGCCCUCCAAAGCAAAUCAUUGAACGAAAUGGAGCAGAUUAUAAAAGAUUCAUUCUUGCCUCAAGCUGCAUGUCACCCGGCCAUCUUUAGAGUUACUGAUGACAUAUUCAGGAGCGCCCUUCUGCAAAGUGAGGGGAACAAUAAAGUAAUGACGAUCAUACGGUUAUUUACACAUUGCUUCAUCCAGGAAUACAGUAAGGAUAAUCUUCAGACCAAGCUGCCACUGAGAGCUUAUUGUCUGCACAAAAAUACUGCUCUUGUAUUGGCAUUGCUCCGUAAAGUCGAAGGAUUAACAUCUGAUGCCUGCAUUCAACAUCUGCAUUCUAUUGUAAAAAUGCUCAGAAGUAUGGACAAUAUACAAAGAUCUCACGAGAGUGUAUUUGAAUCCUGGUUUUUGCUAAUCCACUUAGGAGAAUGGGUGGACAUUGCAGCAGAGCUGCUGUUGACGUCAGACCCUGAAAUUUCAGACGACCUGCUGUGGCUUUUGGCAUUUUACUACAAUCCAUGCAAUGAGAACCAAAGCAGAAGUAGAACAAUGGUAGAAGCAAAAGCUGUGAAAGAAUGCUUGGUAUUACUACGCAGAAAUUCAGCUGUCUGUGCCAUGUCUUUACACAAGAUAUUUGAAGAAGGAAAUAAAGAGAAGUCAUGGCAUCCGUGUACUCUGCAGCUAAUUAGACAUCUGUGUGUUGCUUUUCUUUUGUUCUCCCCUGAGUGGCACAUUGUUGCCAAGGACUGUAUCUCACAUAUGACUCAGACACAGGAAGCUGCCAGUGAAGUUUCUGACGUACUGGCUCGUACUUUAUGCAGACUUGAUAUUCCUGGAAUGGAAAGACAAAAGAUAAUCACGAUAGCACACAAGCUGCUUGAAGACAUAAUAAGAAUCUGGGAAAACAAGGUCCAAAAUGUUUAAUAACAAGAGUGUAUGCAGUUUAUAUGCUUUUCUAUUGGCCAGCAAAUUGUGAUGUUUCUUUUGUCCUUGUCACUAUUCCUAUAUGAAAGUGGUGCUAUUAAUUCCCAGCGAUGACUUGAGAUUUGAUUAUUAAGAAUGCAGAUGUCAGGAAGUUGUUUGGAACCAGUUUACUAAUGAGUGAUUUGGAAAUUUAAUAUGUGUAUGAAUGGUAUGCGUUUAAAAUACCGUCCGUCUGGAUUCUUGCGGUCACAAGAGAGACGUCAAAAUCCCAACGGGUUCAAUGCCACUGCUGGAACACUGGCAAGGUAGGUUCACGACACUCAUAGAGGGAGAACAGAACCUGUGGUGAGCGAAGCAAGCCAUCACGCCCGCAGCGUGGUCAGGUCAGCAAGCCCGCAAGGGUCCUCGAUGUGCUUGCCCCGCUGCCGGCAUUGUGGGGGCUGGGACGCUGCUGUCGGUAUAGUGACAGCCGACAUCCUGUACGCCAGGAUCCCAUACCGAUCCCGUAUGAAGUCUCCACCUUGACUAUGAAAGACCUGUAAAAUGACUUUAAAAAAAUUUUUUUUUUUUUUUUUUUUUUGCAUAACCAUAUUCUAUUCUUUUGACAUAACAAGUACACAGACUUAUACCCAAGUCAAUUUAAGCAGUUGCCUGGCGUGGUCGCAUGAUAUGUGACCAGUCAGAAACACCCACUGGGCGGCUGCUGGAAGAUAAUCUUCCAGCAGCUAGCAAUCUCUGGUUCUUCUGCUUCCAGGUUCCCUCCCCCAGUGCCUGCUGUGCUACCGAUCAGUGCACCACGCAAUUGCACAGCUGUCGAGGAAAUGUAAAAGAAGCUGCUCUUACCUUGCAGUGAGAGAUUGCACUGUACAUAGGACCUUAUUCAGGUUUGUUAGCAAAGCAAAAAAGCACAGUAAUGGGCAAAACCAUGUGCACUGCAGGUGGGGCAGCAGAUGUAACAUGUGCAGAGAGAGUUAGGUGUAAAUUUAAGGUGGGAGUUUUUUUAGAAUUGGUGAUGUUGCCCAUAGCAACCAAUCAGAUUCUACAUAUCUAUUAUCUUCUAGAAGCAGCUAGAUAAAUGUUAAGU